AAAAAAAUUCUACCAGCUCUGAGAAAAGGUGAUUGGCAUCUCAGAAGAUAGAUGUUAGAAAGUGAGAUAAUGUUGUUGCAGUGUGAUGGAAGUUCCCAGUGAUGUCUGUAAUGCAUGUAUUGUAGAAACAACAACAACUGUGUUGUGAUUUUCAGCUACUAACUAACCAACCAUGCCAAUGGUUUCAGUUUCACACUCUCUCACUCCUUCAUUCUCUUCCUUCUUCCCCAAUCCUAACAACAACCUUAUCUUCAGAAACAACACCAGGGCAAUCCUUAACCAAAACAAAUGCUCAUCAUCAGAGGAAAACUCAAACUUUUCAAGCUCUUCUAAAAAACCCACUUCGCAAAAUUGGAUUUUGAGAAGGGAUUUGAUGGUUUCAGCUCUUACUUCUGUUUCUCUGACUUCUGGUCUCUUGCAGUCUCCGGUGACUCUUGCUGAAGAAGAGCCUAACAUGGCUACAUUUGUAGAUGAAACAAAUGCCUAUUCUUAUAUGUACCCUCUUGAGGUUCCUUCUAAGAAAUUUGUGUUCAAAUGGGUAGAAUCGCGAAAGCCAGAACGAUAUUCAUCAGCUGCACCACUUUCUCCUAAUGCACGGUUGCGCAUUGUGUCCGAGCGUGUUGAUAUCAUUGAUAAUGUCCUCAUUUCUGUCACGAUAGGUCCUCCAAAUCCGGGCCUUGUAAAAUUGAACGACAAGAAGAAAUGGACUGCAAAAGAUGUUGCUGAUUCAGUUUUAGCUGACAAAUCUACACUGCGAGUUACGUCAAGUCAGCGCCUAAGUGAGAGUUCAGUUCUUGAUACACAUACUGGUGAAAUUGAUGGAGAGCCUUACUGGUAUUAUGAAUACCUUGUUCGCAAAUCACCUACAAAUCUCGCCGGAGAACCGAACAUUUUCAGGCAUUAUCUUGCUUCAACAGCUGAAAGAGAUGGUUAUUUGUACUCUGUCAGUGUUUCAGCCCUCAGCCCACAGUGGAAAACAAUGGGACCUUACCUGGAAAAAACAGUGAGCUCGUUCCGUCUUAUCAGCCCAACAGAAAACUAUGUUCCUCCAUACAAAGAUCCUUGGAGAUUUUGGUGAAAACUCAUUUUUUGUUAUAAUGUAUUCAUGUAAUAUUUUUCUGGGUAAAAUUUAUGUAAACAUUUACUCUUCGUUUGGCAAUGGAAAGGAAGAGAAUAGAGAGAAGAAAAUGAGAUAAUUUUAUUUUUGUUUGAAUAGAGAGAAAAAGAAUUAAAACUU